AUGGCUACUACACUUCCUCACUUGGCUGAAUGGGUUCAGGCGCAGGAGCUCCAGGGCCCUCGAAUGAAGGAUGCGCCUGUCUUCCAGCGCAACCUUGAGGAGACUCUCGACAUGCGGCGGACGGAACACAACCUCAUCACGCUCCGCAAGCGGCACAAUCAAGUUGACUUUUCGUCCAACGACUUCAUCUCACUCGCAGCCAGCGGUAUGCUGCGAACCGCAUUUUUCGAGGAGCUGGCGCGUCACCCGGGUUUCAAGCUGGGCAGCACUGGCUCCCGGCUGCUAGACGGUAACAAUGACUACAUUGAGCUCGUCGAGCGAGAGAUCGCUGCCUUCCACGGCGCCGAGUCGGCCCUUGUCGUCAACUCUGGCUUUGAGGGUAACUGCGCCAUCUUCUCAACCAUUCCGCGGCCUGGUGACGCCGUUGUCUAUGACGAGCUGGUCCACGCCAGCGUCCACGAGGGCAUGUCGCGCAGCAGUGCCCUCAGCCGGACUUCGUUCCGCCAUAACGACGUGGACUCGUUCCGCGACACCCUUGAAGCCGUCCGUGACUCCCAGCCCAUGAUCGAGCGCGGCCAGCGCUGCAUCAUCAUCGCUGUGGAGACCAUCUACAGCAUGGACGGCGACGUCUGCCCUCUUGCCGAGAUGGUGGACAUCGUCAAGGAGCUCUUCCCGAAAGGCAAUGCCCAGUUUGUCGUUGAUGAGGCCCACAGCACAGGCAUCGUCGGCGACAAGGGCAUCGGCCUGGUUGGUAUGCUCGGGCUGCAGAACGAUAUCGCCAUCCGGCUGCAUACCUUUUCCAAAGCCUUGGCUUCCUCAGGCGGCGUCAUUCUGUCCAACAAGACAGUCCGCACCAUGCUGGUCAACCAUGCACGGCCUCUAUUCUUCACGGCAUCGCCGUCUUUCCCCACGCUCGCCGCUAUCCGCUCCGGCUAUGGCCUGUUGAAGAGCGGCAAGACAGCCCCAGCCCAACAGCGUCUCCAGGACCUCCUGAAGCUCUUCUUCCGUACCAUCACCAGCCACCCGGUUUGGGAGGCGGCCAACGAUGCCGGUGUGCUCCGUGUCCCGUUGGCGGAUGACUGGGAGACGAGGCCGUUCCAGACGCAGAUUGUGCCCGUCAUAACCGAGGCGCGACACAACUACUUCCUCUCGCUGCACCUACAGCUGCUCAACUACUUUGCGUUCCCCAUUGACCCGCCCGUGGUCCCUAAGGGUACCAGCCGCGUACGUCUCGUGUUCAAAGCCACCAACUCCGAGGAGGAGGUUACGGGCGUCGCCGACGCCAUCUGCGAGUGGGCCCAGGAGAUGCUGGACAUCAAGAAGAGCGGCAACGCUGGCCAGCUUCCCAAGGCUGCGCGCACUGUGUUCUCUUUCAUCGCUGAUACUGCUGGCGCGAAUGGUACCAAUGGCACAAACGGCACUAACGGCAGCAAAGGUUUUUAA